AUGGAGAAGCAAGAGAUCGAGCCCCGCGUGGUUGAGGCGUCAACGCCAGACUUUGAUCCCGCUUUGGAGAAGAAGUUGCUGCGAAAGCUGGACUGGCGAGUCAUCCCAGCACUAUGGUUUCUCUUUUUGGUGUCAUUCAUGGAUCGUUCCAACAUUGCAAACGCGAAGAUCGCCGGCAUGGCCAAGGAGCUGCACCUGGUGGGAAAUGAGUACAACCUCGCCGUGACCAUGUUCACGGUCGCAUACGUCGUCUUUGGCAUGCCGGCCAACCUGCUGGUCAAGAAGUUUGGCCCAAGGAUGCUGGUCCUAUACAUGUUUACUUGGGGGCUGUUUGUGAUGGGACAGGGUCUCACCAAGACUGCGACGGGCCUGAUCGCGUGUCGGUUUUUCAUGGGGAUGUGUGAGGCAGGCUUCGUUCCUGGCUGCGCUUACCUGAUCGGAAGUUACUACAAGCGGGACGAGUUCCUGCGUCGAUACGCAAUCUUCUUCAGUGCCAACAUGGCGGCAGGAGCGUUCAAUGGGCUCUUCUCAAGUCUCUUGACGCACUUGGAGUUGGACGGAUAUGCGGGAUGGAGAUGGCUCUUCCUGAUCGAAUCAAUCAUCACCAUGGGCGUCAGCAUUAUUUGCUACUGGAUCGUUGUUCCCUUCCCCGAGGACGCGACAUUCUUGACCCCUGCGGAGAAGGAACUGCUGCUUGCCCGUCUGGAGGCCGAUGGAGGAAGCAUUCGUGAUGAUCCUAUCUCUCUCCCUCGGGUCCUGAAGAUGGCGAUGGACUGGAAGAUCUGGAUCUGUGUUUUGGCCUACCUCGCCGCCGAAGAAAGUGCCAGCUCGAUGGUGUACUUCCAGCCCACCAUUCUCAAGGACCUCGGCUGGACCAGUCGCUCAGCGCAAGAGCACAGCAUUCCUGUCUAUGCAGUCGCCUUCGUGCUUACCUUGUCAAGCGCGUGGCUGAGCGACUAUCUCCGCCACCGCUAUCUCUUCACGCUGUUCGGAUCGGCGCUGGUCAUAAUCGGCUGGAGUAUCGAGCUUGCGCAGGUCCCCUCUGCUGGAGUCCGUUACAUGGGCAUGUUCUUCGUGGCAUCGGGCGCGUUCAUCAUGAUGUCUAUCACCGUGGUGUGGUUGUGUAUCAACCUCGGCAAGGGCGUCAAGCGCAGCGUCGGAAUGGGCUUGCUGCCCGCGUUCGGUAACUGUGGUGCCUUUGUAUCCGGCAACGUCUUCAUCACCAGCGAAGCGCCCAAGUACCCUACUGGCUUUGGGGUUGGUCUGGCAUUCGCAGUGGUGGCAGGACUGGCCUGCACCGUGUAUUUCUUCGCUCUCCGCGCCGAAAAUCGCCGCCGGGAAAGUCAGCCGGAGCAGGACUGGCAGUCGGAGAGCAUGCAGGAUCUGGGCGAUGCUCAUCCGGACUUUCGUUUCCAGUUGUGAGACCCAUGUGUUGGCGAAUAUUUAUGCUUUAUUUAACCUUUGAUCUGAAAUAAAUUCUUCUCUCUUUGUCCUUUUCAUCCUGUAAGUAUGUUUCAACCAUGCGCCGAUCGACUUGUUUGGCGGCGUUAGGGUAGCUGCAUACCAACCCUACUUUGCUAUCGGGUCAAACUCGUCGCAUACAUGGCAAAUGCGCCCGCAAAUCCGAAAUCUUCACCUGGGUGAACAUCCGAUAAUGUUUGAUGGUCGGGCUGAGGUGGACCAUGGAACCUCGCGGCAUCCCAUGACGUCGGAAGCCAAGCCCCAACUUCACCAAUUCUCUUCUCCACAUUUUGCCUCCCCUGCAUUCCGCAUACCUCAUUCUUGCAGAACUCCAAGCCCAGCUUCAAUCCCUUCAUUUCUAGACGAAUCCCUUGUCUCGUCGCGCUGGACCGCAAUGCUGACCGCUGCUCACCCCAAUGAUCCCGGUCCACGA